UUUGAUGUCAGGUUAGGAGGAUAGGGAUAGGGUUCUCAGAAAUCGUAAUUGUGAUAGGAUAGGGCAGAAAGUUGGAACAAUAGGCCUGGCCUACUAUAACAAGAACAAAUCAUUUAUCCAUCUGUCAAUAUACUUCACUUCUUGGGACUUAUUUGCUUGGCAUUGGCAUUGACGAUUAGCUUGGCUAGUAAUGUUUGUGGCUUGGCUGGCUUACUUGAGCCGAAGAAUGCUUUACAUGCUUUUGCUUUAGGGCCGUAUGUAAAAAAAAAACACCAGCCCUAGUGUGAUAGUGAUUUGAAAAGUAACUGAAGUCAAAAGCAAAAGUGAGUUAGAAUUAGAAGAGCAAGAGAAGAGAGUUCAAGGGAGGCAGGCAAGGUCCAACUUACAAUAACUUAAAAUGGCUUUGGAAGCGGACCUCACCCCAUAUGAGCUGAGAGUGAAGAGAAACAUUGAAGAAAACCAACGUGUAUUGAAAAGCUUAGGCCUUUUAAACUAUAACAUUGACCGUAAAGAUAUCAAAAAGACCGCCAGAAGAAAUAACGUUGCUGCUAAAAGAAGAGAAAGUGUCAAGUCAAAUGAUGAUCCAGUUUUUUCACCAUCUCAUCCUGUUAGAAGGACCAGACGCUCCUCAUCAUUAUUUAAAACGUGUCUUGAAGAGUCUGAUGGAACACCAGACAAUUUGGAUGAGGAAUACAAUCCGCCCUCCAAGAUAAAGAGAACUGCUCCAGAGUGUGUUUUUGGACCAAUUCCAGGAGUGAGAGUAGGAGACUGGUGGCAGACUAGAAUGGACUGUUCGAGAGCUGGAGUCCAUCGUGCCACAGUGGCUGGUAUCUGCGGCAAGUCAGGGGAAGGCUGCACCUCCAUUGCCCUCUCUGGGGGAUACGAGGACGACAUUGACUGUGGAGAAUACUUCACUUACACCGGUUCUGGUGGCCGUGACUUAAAAGGGACGAAAGCAAAACCUAAAAAUCUUCGAACAGCACCGCAGUCCAAAGACCAAGUGCUGGAAGGAGUGAACGCACACCUUGCCCUCAACGUAGAGAAUCACCGACCAGUCAGAGUGAUCAGAGGAUACAAACUGCCGGGCCCCUACGCUCCUGAGGAGGGUUACAGAUAUGAUGGGCUGUACUCUGUGGAGAAAUGCUGGACAGCAACUGGUGUGGCAGGAUUCAAAGUAUAUAAAUAUGCGCUGAAAAGACUUGCAGAUCAAGAUCCGCCACCUUGGGAGACAAACGAAACUGUCAUCCCUGAUCAAAAUGGACAUAAUGAAACUACAGAUGAGUCGCCAGAGGAAAAUGUUAGUGAAGAUGAUAGUCACAAACCCAGUUCUACUACCGGACCAAACCCGUUCCCUGUAUCAAACGACUCUCCAACCUCAGAACAAAAUUCAAAUCCCCACACUGCCUCAGAAGUCAAAUCAUCAAGUAUUGUGAGUGAAUAUAAAGAUUAUGAACAGGAAUCAAGUCCUAAUACAAGUCCUCUUCAGCAAAAUUUAGAGAUUGAACCUGAAAAUUUAAAUCAAAUACAGAAGUUGAGAACAAGAAAAAGCUCAGUAAUUAACUCACCGGAUAAUGUUACUACCAAAGUAACAAACUCGACAAGAAAACGGAAAAGAGAAGCAAUCAAUGGAAAUAUUGAAAUCGAUACAGUUACAAAUAAAUCUCCUUACACUACAAAGCAAAAUGUUUCAGUGAAGGAGAGCAAGAUCGAUGAAAAUGCUAGUGAAGAUGAUAGUCACAAACCCAGUUCUACUACGGGACCAAACCUGUUCCUUGUAUCAAACAACUCUUCAAACUCAGAACAAAAUUUCAAUCACGACACUGCCUCAGAAGUCAAAUCAUCAAGUAUCGUGAGCGAAUCUAAAGAUUAUGAACAGGAAUCAAGUCCUCCUCAGCAAAAUUUAGAGAUUGAACCUGAAAAUUUAAAUCAAAUACAGAAGUUGAGAACAAGAAAAAGCUCAGUAAUUAACUCACCGGAUAAUGUUACUACCAAAGUAACAAACUCGACAAGAAAAAGAAAAAGAGAAGCAAUCAAUGGAAACAUUGAAAUCAAUACUGUCACAAAUAAAUCUCCUCCCACUACAAAGCAAAAUUUUUUAGUGAAGGAAAGCAAGAUUGAUGAAAAUGUUAGUGAAGAUGAUAGUCACAAACCCAGUUCUACUACGGGACCAAACCCGUUCCUUGUAUCAAACAACUCUCCAAACUCAGAACAAAAUUCAAAUCCAGACACUGCCUCAGAAGUCAAAUCAUCAAGUAUUGUGAAUGAAUCUAAAGAUCAUGAACAGGAAUCAAGUCCUAGUAACAUACCAAGUCUUCCAAAGCAAAAUUUAGAGAUUGAACCUGAAAAUUUAGCUCAAAAACAGAAGUUAAAAACAAGAAAAAGCUCAGUAAUCAACUCACCAGAUAGUGUUGAUACAAAAAUGGCAAACUCUAAAUCUGUGACAAACUCCAGGACAGGCAAAAGUAAAGGAGAAGAUAGCAAUGACAAUACUAAAAUCAAUACGGUUACAAAUAAAUCUCCUCCCACUUCAAAGCGGAACGUUUCAGUGAAGGAGAGCAAGAUUGAUGAGUCGAAUCAAAUGUCAGCAAAGAAAAUGAAAACUGGUUUAAGGUCUAAAAAAAAUCUGGCUGAAGGGAAAAUAUCCCACGAAUCUCUGCUAUACAAUCAGGCUGCUUUGGGUGGAAAAGAAAUAAGUGGUGAUAAUGUAAGUGUAACGAUAGAACCGCCAUCAAGUUCUACUUUAGAUGAUUCAGAGGCUACUGUGAAAGGAUUCAAUAAUAAUGCACUGUCCUCAAAAGACCAUAUAACAAUGAAUGGCGAAUUAAGUAAUUCAAACCAAGUCAAGUCUUUUUCUCCCAAAUCCAAAUCAUCCUCGGAAUGUUCGAUUUCUGCAACUAAUAAGUCUGAUGAAGCCUUACAAACUGCGUUAGAAGUGUCUUCACAUACAUUAAAUUCAUUGGGUGGUCUUCAAGAGGAACUCCAUCUGGAAACCUCCCAAAGAGACAUAUCCUCACAGAAGUGCAAUAAGACAGCAUGUGAUUCUGCCAAAUCUCCCCAAGUAUUUGUUAAAGAAAACGGGGACGGUAUUUGUAAAAAGCCUGAAUUUUGUGCUAGCUGCAAACUUUCCCUUUCUAAGCCUGAAUUUUGUGCUUGCUGUAAACGUUCACUUUCUUUAGAAACAACUGAAUCCGAACUUAAGGACCAAUCCAACAACCUGAACAGUGAUGGUAAAAGACAGACUUUGAUUUUAAAGUAUUUUGGACCUGUUGAAAAAGCCAAGGGACAACAAACCUCUUCAAGUGGGAUUUCCUUAAGAGGCAACAGACACUCGUUUAUGAAUUACACUUGCAAAAUUGAUUCUAAUACUAUCAAAGAUAUUGUUUCAAAAGAUCAUUGCCAGUCACCACAAAAUAAAAAUAAGAGGAAAAGAAAACAUCCAACGAGAAAAUCAACCAAAUUAAACACCUCAGGAAGAAAUGUUCCAACAGAGUCGGAAAUUCUCAAGAGUUCACCAGUGAAACCAUGUUCAGUAAUCUUAGUCAGAAUAUCUCCAGUCUCAAACAAUAAAACUGUUCUAAAGAGCGUUGAAAAAUCUCCAGCCUUGAAGAAAGUUAACACAAAUCCAUUCCAUAGUAAACUCACAUGCUGGGACUCAGAUGAGGAGGAGGAAUUUUUAGGAUUUGAUUGCGACGAAGAACCUCAUUUGCUUUUCUAUGGGUUUGAGUGAAUUCCAAGACGAGGUUUCAGAAGAGAAAACUACAUUCCUUAGCAAUAGUUACGCUUAUUGAUCAAGUAAUACAUAUUGUUGUUACUUACGUUGUUAGUAUUUUUGUGUGAAUCUCACAAUUUGCAAAGAAAACACAUGUUUAAACCCCAAACAAUAUGAGAUUUAUAGGUUCAAUUUCUCUAUAGGAAAUGAUCUUAAAGUUAUUAUUUAUAUAUUCAUGAAAGUGUUGAUAAAUAUAUAGACUGACAGUUCUAUCUAAAACUCUAUUUGGUAUUGAUUAUAUUUGACACAGACUGAUUGUUCUAGAUAUUUAAUCACGCUUUUACUAAACGACACCUGGGAAACAUUUGUAGUUAUGCCCUGAACAGUUUCUUUCCUUGAAAUAAAUUGUUAAGUAGUAUGUUAAGUAGCUAUUGUAUGUUUGCAUUUCUUACUAUGUUCACUUUUACUCAUAAUAUUAUUUAAUAUUUGAUUCAAAUUAAUUCUGGAAGUAGCCUAUUACCAAUAUUUAACAAGAAAAUGUCCCCUGAAACGUUAACGUUACAGUUAGUUAAGCACUGGUACAAAUAAUUAUUCCGAGAACACUUGCCUGAUUUUCCAUUUAAAUUGUUUGAACAAUACAAGUAAGUAGAUACAUAACAUGGAUAUUUUUAUUUUUAAUUUUUUUAACUUUAUUUAAUUUACAAUCUGUUCAAGUUGAACA